CCCCGGAGCCCCCCGCGCCCCCCGCGCCCCGCGCCGCGCCCAUGACCCCCUCAGCGGGGCACUGACCGCGCCCGGCCCCGCACGGCUCCCUGCGUUCCUGGUGUGCCCCCUGAAGGGAUGGAGAGCUCCUCAGUGGCAUCAGCCUCCUCGGAGGCGGGGAGCAGCCGCUCCCAGGAGAUCGAGGAGCUGGAGCGCUUCAUCGACAGCUACGUCCUGGAGUACCAGGUCCAGGGGCUGCUCACCGACAAGACCGAGGGCGACGGCGAGAGCGAGAAGACACAGUCCCAUGUCUCACAGUGGACGGCGGAUUGUAGCGAGCAGCUUGAUGGCAGCUGUUCCCCAUCCCGAGGGAAGGGCUCGUCGUCUCACGAACAUAACCAGAAUGGCAACAAGGAGAGCAACCUUGACAUGCUGGGCACAGACAUCUGGGCUGCCAACACCUUUGACUCCUUCAGUGGUGCAACGUGGGACUUGCAGCCUGAAAAACUAGAUUUCACCCAGUUUCACAGAAAGCUGCGAAACACCUCCAAACACCCAUUGCCUCACAUAGACAGAGAAGGGCUUGGAAAGGGGAAAUACGAGGAUGGUGACAGCAUCAACCUGAACGACAUAGAGAAAGUCCUUCCAGUGUGGCAGGGUUACCAUCCGUUGCCUCAUGAAGCUGAAAUCGCACACACCAAAAAACUGUUCAGAAGGAGGAGAAACGACCGGAGGCGACAGCAGAGGCUUCCCAGCGGGAACAAGUCUCAGCAGCACACGGAUCAUCAGCAGGGUGGCACCAAGCAUAACAGGGACCACCAGAAACUCUACCAAGGAGGCCAGGCCCCUCACUCCUCGGGCAGGACGGGCCACCACGGCUACAGCCAGAACCGGAGAUGGCACCACAACCAGAAGCACUCGCCCAACGACAAAGAAACGCACAGAAACGCCAAAGAGACUGAGAAUUUGAAAAUCGAGGACAGCCCCGCGUGCACGGCGCACGUCCCUGCGGAGGCGCCGCGAGGCCCCGAGGCCGUGGAGAAGCAGCCCCAGCAGACUGAGCCCGAGACCAAGCGGAAAGACAGCGCCCACGAGCGCCCUGGGGACAGGCCCAAGAUCAACCUGCUUCAGUCUUCUAAAGACAGGCUGAGGAGGAGACUAAAAGAAAAGACGCCUUGUCUUUCCCUUUUCACGGACCAGGACGAAGUAACGGUGGAAACCACCGACCCUGAAAAGAAUAAAAUGGACAAAUUAAUUGAAAUUCUCAACAGCAUGCGGAACAACAGCAGUGAUGUUGACUCCAAGCUCACCACCUUCAUGGAGGAGGCCCAGAACUCCACCAACUCUGAGGAGAUGCUGGGGGAGAUAGUCAAGACCAUCUACCAGAAAGCGGUGACAGACCGCAGCUUUGCUUCCACAGCAGCCAAGCUCUGUGACAAAAUGGCCCUUUUCAUGGUGGAAGGAACCAAAUUCCGGAGUCUGCUCCUCAACAUGCUGCAGAAGGAUUUCUCCAUGCGGGAGGAGCUGCAGCAGCGGGACGUGGAGCGCUGGCUGGGGUUCAUCACCUUCCUCUGCGAGGUCUUCGGCACCAUGAGGAGCAGCACCGGGGAGCCCUUCCGAGUCCUCGUCUGCCCCAUCUACACCUGCCUCAGGGAGUUGUUGCAAUCUCAGGAUGUGAAGGAGGAUGCCGUGCUUUGCUGCUCCAUGGAGCUGCAGAGCACCGGCCGGCUGCUGGAGGAGCAGCUGCCCGAGAUGAUGACGGAGCUGCUGGCGAUAGCACGCGACAAGAUGCUGUGUCCCUCCGAGUCCAUGCUGACCAGGUCCCUGCUGCUGGAGGUCAUCGAGCUGCACGCCAACAACUGGAACCCCCUGACGCCCACCAUCACGCAGUACUACAACAAGACCAUCCAAAAACUGACAGCUUGA